AUGUCGGCCGCCUCUUCUCAACUCCCCGCUUCGCGCAUCAAGAGCCGAGUGAAGGUGUACCGCCACGAGCCCUACGCGGCGAGCCUCAUCACCCCAGCCUCUCCUGCUGAGGCACCUCUGGUGUGCUGCCACCAGCGUAGCCCGAAGUCGCCCGGCAGCUCUUACGCCACCUCAUCGCCUGCUCGCUCUAUCCUCGAGGCGGCACUGCCCAGCGCACCGGCUGCCAUGUACCCCUCUUACUAUCCCACCGUCAGCUUCAUCCAUCCGACGCCGAUGGCGCACCCCGCGCACACGCCUGUGUGGAUCGCCUUCAAGUACGGCCGCAAACCCUUUAUGACUACCUUCCAGGUGUCCAUUGGUGAAAUGGUCAUUGUGGAAGGUGACCGCGGCAUAGACCUUGGCAUUGUCGAUGAUGUGUGCACAACGCCUCUUACUGACAACGUGUUGCAUAUUCUCCGUCGCGCUACUAAUGAGGAUACGGCGCAGAAUCACAGGCGCGCCGUGAAAGAACAGGAAGCGCUGCAGACGAUGCGCUCGUUGGCGGUCAAGGUGCACUGCCCGACCCACGUGGAGGAUGCUAUGUUUCAGCUGGAUGGCAAAAAGAUCACUGUCAUCAUUUCCCGUACCUCGCGCACCUUUGUCGACUUCCGCCGUCUGCAGCGUGCCCUCUUUGAUGUGUACCGCUGCCGAAUCUGGUUUGCCUACCUCGACGAGAUUCAGGAGACGAUGAGCACCGACGUCACUCGGCCUCUGCGUCGCGGACAGCGUCGCUGCUUGUCCUCGAAUGAGGUGGCUGCGAAGAAACUACUUACGACGACGUCGUGCACAGUCGCAGCGUAA